AUGCCGACGGCAACAGCGGUCAAGACGCAGCCGUCCGCUGCGGUCUCUUCUACUCCCAAGGCCAUCGACGAAAACAAGAUCUCGACAAUCGAUCAUGCCGUCAAGAAGAAGCCGACUGCUUCCACCUCGGCCCCGGCCGAAAAGAAAGCACAUGCGGUUCACAGCAGCAACACCCAUCAUCACAAGGUAGUGCCCUCAACAAGCACCAAGAAAUCGUCAUCCGGCCAUACCCAUACGCACAGCUCGAGCCACCAUACCCACGCCCCCACCACGACGACCAAAACAUCGAGCCACAGACGGCAUACCUCGACACAACCUGACGAUAGCAGCAAGCACGAGAGCAGCAGCUCUCACCGCCACGGUCGUCGUCACCACGCCCACCAUCAUCACAACCCCGACGGCUCUUUGACUCGCCACGGUGCCCGCGUCGCCGCUGCCACCAGCUCCUCAAUCGCCAAGCCUCUCGCGCCAGCCAAACCCUACGCGCCCGCUCUCGAUGCCGACGGCAACCCCAAGCCCAACAUCCGCCCGGCUACCAUGACAGCGCACAUCAAGCGCGCCGUGCGCAAGUCCGAGGCCAUGAACCCUUCCAAGCCCGCCAAGGUCGAGCCCGAGACUGUGCUGCCCAAGGUCCACGUCCCGACUCCGCAGACGGCGCGCCAGAAGGCUGCCGCCGCUGCCGAAGCUGAGGCGGCCAAGCGGGCUAAGAAGGUUGAGCAGCAGCAGCAGCUUGAGUUGGAUCAACAACAACAACAACAGACCCAAGCGCCCAAGAAGAAGGAGAAGAAGUACGCGCCCGAGGCGAUGAUUCCUACUUCGAGGUUUGUCGGGAACGUUGGCAAGACUGUCGGCGGUGCGCUCGAUACUACCGGCCAGGUGGCCAAGGGCGUUACCGAUACUGUUGGACGCACGGCUGAGGGCGCACUUGGUGGAGGCGUGGGCAAGACUGUUGGUGCGGCGGCUGGUGGUGUUGGCGAUACACUUGGUGCGGCGACGGGAGGAUUGGGACAGACAGUGACGGGAGCGACAGAUGGGUUGGCGAAGGGUGGCCCGCUGGGCGCGGUUGGUGGGGUUACGACAGGAUUGGGUAACACUGUGGGAGGUGUCGGAAAAGGACUGGGCGAUACCGUUGGCGGAACAGUCGGCGGCCUCGGCGACGCAGUUGGUGGACCACUCGGAGGAGUGGUCGGAGGGCUCGGCCGUGGUGUCGGUGGUGCCGUUAGCGGUAUCACUGGCGGCCUAGGUGACGGAGUCGGAAAGAUUGGACAGGGCGACCUGCUUGGAGGAGUUGGUGAUGUCGUUGGUGGUGUUACCAAUGGUGUUGGAGGGUUGUUGGGCGGCGUUCUUGGCGGCUUGGGCGGUGGAGGUGAAGGAGGAGGAUUAUUAGGCGGUGGAGGCGGCGGAGGAUUGUUAGGUGGCGGAGGUGGUCAGCGGCGUUAA